AUGGCUAAUUUCACAACAAUGAAUGGGUUUCUUCUCAUGGGAUUUUCUGCCAAGCCUGAGCUAGAAAUUUUAUGUGCUUCUCUGUUCUUAGUCUUAUACUUAGUGGCUUUAAUUGGCAAUAUUCUCAUUAUCACUGCAACUUCCAUGGAUAAUAGACUCCAUUCACCUAGGUAUUUUUUCCUGAAACAUCUCUCCUUCUUGGAUCUUUGCUAUAUUUCUGUGACUGUACCAAGAUUCAUUUGCAAAUCUUCCAUGCAUAGUGGCAAUAUUUCCCUCUGGGAAUGUGUGUUACAGUGUUUUGCUUUCACUCUCUGUGGUUCUGCUGAGAUGGCCAUUCUCACACUGAUGCCCUAUGACCACUAUGUGGCCAUCUGCUUCCCUCUGCACUAUGAAAUCAUCAUGGAUGUCAGCACCUGAAUCCAUGGAAUCUUGGCUGUCUGGCUCAGUGGGAUCAUCUCAGGAGUCAUGCAUUCAGCUGCAACUUUCUCCAUCCACUUCUGCAGUACCAAUAUCAUUCACCAGUUCUUCUGUGAUGUCCCUCAGUUUCUGAAAUUGUCUUGUUCCAAUGAGUACGCCAGUGAGCUUGGAGUCACUGGUUUCCUGUCCUUGGUGGCAUUUCUUUGCUUUAUCUCCAUUGGACUCUCCUACACAUGCAUACCCUCUACUGUGCUGAGGAUCCCAUCUGCUGAGGGCAGAGCCAAGGCCUCUUCCACUUGCCUGUCCCACCUUUCUGUUGUCAUAUUAUUUAUCUCUACAGGUGUCUUUGAGUUUUUAAAUCCACAUUCUGACUCUACAACUGAAUUCGACUUUUUGCUCACUGUUUUUUAUAAUGUUCUCCCUUCAACACUCAAUCCUGUGACAUAUACCCUAAGAAACAAAGCCAUGAAGCCAGCUUUAAGAAAGGUUUUUAAAAGAAAAGCCCUCCUUUCUUGCUGA